AUGGAUUCAUCAGAACGAUCAACAAUUAGAAGUGAGCAGAAAUCCAGAAAAUUCUUAAAAAGUCUAAUAAGAAAGCGGCCUCGGGACCUUCUUCUUGUGAUUGGAACCGGAGUAAGUGCUGCAGUAGCACCAGGAAUCCCAGCGCUGUGCUCCUGGAGAAGCUGCAUUGAGGCUGUAAUUGAAGCAGCUGAACAGCUGGAGGUGCUUCAUGCAGGAGAUGUCACUGAAUUUCGUAAAAAAGUAAUCAAAGAUAGAGACCUGCUUGUGGUUGCACAUGAUCUCAUCAGGAGAAUGUCCCCAGUGAUGCUCAUCUUUUUCUUUUUUCUGCGUACUGGGGAUAUGAAGCCCAACUUCUUCCAGGAUUGCUUAAUGGAGGUGUUUGAUAAUUUAGAACAGCACAUUCAGAAUCCUGUUGUUCUGCAGUCAAUCCUGAGACUCAUGGAGAGAGGCACAAUGGUUCUGACAACAAACUAUGAUAAUUUACUUGAAAUAUUUGGUCAGCAACAGAGUAAACCUAUGGAAUCUUUAGACUUGAAAGAUAAGGAUAAGGUUCUUCAGUGGGCAAGAGGUCAUAUAAAAUAUGGAGUUCUUCAUAUUCACGGCUUAUAUACAGAUCCCUGUGGAAUGGUGUUAGAUCCCUCAGGAUAUAGAGAUGUUACUCAAGAUCCUGAAGUCAUGGAAGUUCUUCAAAGUUUGUAUCGAACCAAGUCUUUUUUGUUUUUGGGCUGUGGAGAGACUCUGCGUGAUCAGAUAUUCUAAGCUCUUUUUCUUUAUACUGUAAAGAAUAAAGUGGAUUUAGAACAUUAUAUGUUGGUGCUUAAAGAAAAUGAAGACCACUUUUUUAAGCUCCAGGCAGAUAUGCUGCUGCAUGGAAUAAAAGUAGUGUCUUACAGGGACUGCUUUAAACAAUUCCCAGUGUACGUACAAGAUCUCACUGCUCAAAUCUGCAAGCAGAGAAGUCCAGAUGCUGAUCGAGUGGACAUCACAACACUGUUGGGAACUUCAUGUGUGGAUUGUGCUAAAAGGAGGUUAGGAGAAAAUGGCACUGACUCUCCUAAGAGAAUCAAGCAGCCAGAUAAUGGUGCUGUUACUUCACCUACCUUUGAAUUGUCUCAGCACUAA